AUGGUUUGGACAGGAUUCAUACUUCUGUCCACCCUCAGGUGGAUCUUCAAGACAAUUCAGACUUCUGUCCACCCUCAGGUGGAUCUUCAAGACAAUUCAGACUUCUGUCCACCCUCAGGUGGAUCUUCAAGACAAUUCAGACUUCUGUCCACCCUCAGGUGGAUCUUCAAGACAAUUCAGACUUCUGUCCACCCUCAGGUGGAUCUUCAAGACAAUUCAGACUUCUGUCCACCCUCAGGUGGAUCGUUGGGACAGAAUUCAGACAUCUGUCCACCCUCAGGCGGUUCGUUUGGACAGAAGUCUGAAUUCUGUACUAACGAUCCACCUGAGGGUGGACAGAAGUCUGAAUUCUGUCCUAAGAAUCCACCUGAGGGUGGACAGAAGUCUGAAUUCUGUCCUAAGGAUCCACCUGAGGGUGGACAGAAGUAUGAAUUCUGUCUUAAGGAUCCACCUGACGGUGGACAGAAGUCUGAAUUCUGUCUUGAGGAUCCACCUGACGGUGGACAGAAGUAUGAAUUCUGUCCUAAAGAUCCACCUGAGGGUGGACAGAAGUCUAAAUUCUGUCCUAAGGAUCCACCUGAGGGUGGACAGAAGUCUGAAUUCUGUCCUAAAGAUCCACCUGAGGGUGGACAGAAGUCUGAAUUCUGUCUUAAGGAUCCACCUGACGGUGGACAGAAGUCUGAAUUCUGUCUUGAGGAUCCACCUGACGGUGGACAGAAGUAUGAAUUCUGUCCUAAAGAUCCACCUGAGGGUGGACAGAAGUCUAAAUUCUGUCCUAAGGAUCCACCUGAGGGUGGACAGAAAUCUGAAUUCUGUCUUAAGGAUCCACCUGAGGGUGGACAGAAGUCUGAAUUCUGUCCUAACGAUCCACCCGAGGGUGGACAGGAUUCAUACUUCUGUCCAAACGAUCCAUCGUCAGAAAUUUUCCGUAGAAACGACUCAGAGUGA